AUGAAGCUCUUCCACAGAUUCCGAAAGAUUCUCAUGAGGCUCAUUGAUCUCACUGUCCCUACCUCCUCCCGCCGGAAGAAGAACUCCGGCAACGGAGAGGGGUUUGAGCCGCCGAAGAUCUCGUGCAGUAGUUCAUACUACUCGUCUCACGUACACUACAGUGAAGCUAUCGCAGAUUGCAUUGAGUUCUUCAACAAGUCUUCGGCUAUAUCUUGUGAUGAGGAUCAUGAAGCUCGUCAUGUAGACGACCACGGUCGUGUUUGUUUCUACGUUUAA